GGGAAGCCUGUUGGUGGACCAUCCACCCCGCCUCGAAGCAGCGGUCGGAGGGGGAGAAGGUGCGCGUGGGGGACGACCUCAUCCUCGUCAGCGUCUCCUCUGAGCGGUAUCUGCACUUGUCCACCGCCAGUGGAGAACUUCAGGCCGAUGCCUCCUUCAUGCAAACCCUUUGGAACAUGAAUCCUAUCAGUUCUGGCUGCGAGGAAGGGUGUGUGACUGGUGGCCAUGUCAUGCGCCUCUUCCACGGCCACAUGGACGAAUGCCUCACCAUCUCCACCACGGACCAGAAUGAAGAGCAACGCAGGGUGGUGAACUAUGAAGGGGGGCCCGUCUGUUCCCAGGCUCGAUCCCUCUGGCGCCUGGAGCCUCUGCGCAUCAGCUGGAGCGGCAGCCACAUGAAGUGGGGUCAACCCUUUCGUGUCCGCCACGUCACCACGGGACGCUACCUGGCCCUGACUGAGGAGAAAGGGCUGGUUGUGGUGGACGCUGAGAAGGCCAACACCAAAGCAACAGCCUUCUGCUUCCGGGUUUCGAAGGAAAAGCUAGACGUGGCCCCGAAACGAGACGUGGAAGGCAUGGGCGCACCGGAGAUCAAAUACGGAGAGUCCAUGUGCUUCGUGCAACACGUGGACAGCGGCCUCUGGGUGACCUACGCAGCUGCUGAUGCCAAGGCGAUGCGCCUGGGUUUGCUCAAGAGAAGGGGGUGGGUGGGUGUCUCUCCUCUCUUCCAGGGCAUGAUCACUCUCGUCCUGAACUGCAUCGACCGCCUCAACGUCUACAGCACGGCCGCGCACUUUGCCGAGUUCGCUGGGGAGGACGCGGCCGAGUCGUGGAAGGAGAUCGUCAACUUGCUCUACGAACUCUUGGCCUCGCUGAUCCGUGGGAACCGUUCCAACUGCGCCCUCUUUUCCAACAACCUGGACUGGCUGGUCAGCAAACUGGACCGACUGGAGGCGUCCUCUGGCAUUUUGGAGGUUUUGUAUUGUGUCCUCAUCGAAAGUCCAGAAGUGCUGAAUAUCAUCCAGGAAAACCACAUCAAGUCCAUCAUCUCCCUCCUGGACAAACAUGGACGCAACCACAAGGUGGGUUGCGGUGAGCUUGACUCGUCCUUGCGGUUUUCUUCGGGGGGGGGGGGGCGCCUAGAUUUUGUGGCAAGCAACGUUGGAUACAGGCGGUGAAAGCUUGUUGCCUGAGGACUUCAACUCCCAGAAUUCGUGAGCCACAUGCGCCCCAACAUCUUCCUGGGCACCCACGAAGGAUCCACCCAGUACAAGAAGUGGUAUUACGAGAUGAUUGUGGACUCGGUGGAGCCUUUUGUGACCGCCCAGGCCACGCAUAUGCGAGUCGGCUGGGCCAUGGCGGAAGGCUACAGCCCCUACCCAGGGGGUGGAGAAGGCUGGGGCGGCAAUGGCGUUGGGGAUGACCUCUACUCUUUCGGCUUUGAUGGUCUCCACCUGUGGUCAGGCCGCGUGGCUCGGGCCGUGGCGUCUCCCGGGCAGCACUUGCUGGGGGCGGACGACGUGGUGAGCUGCUGCCUGGAUUUGAGCGUUCCCAGCAUCUCUUUCCGUAUUAAUGGCUUCCCGGUGCAAGGCAUGUUUGAGAACUUCAACCUGGACGGGCUUUUCUUCCCCGUGAUCAGCUUCUCGGCCGGCAUCAAAGUGCGCUUCCUCCUGGGGGGUCGCCACGGAGAGUUCAAAUUCAUGCCGCCCCCAGGCUACGCUCCCUGCUACGAGGGUGUCCUCCCCCGGGAGAAGCUGCGCGUGGAGCCCAUCAAGGAGUACAAGCACGACAUCAACGGCAUCCGGAACCUCCUGGGGCCGACCCAGUCCUUGUCCCACACGUCCUUCACCCCCUACCCUGUGGAUACCGUCCAGGCAGCCAUAACUGCCCUAUACACAGAACUGGUAAUGGAUCCCAACACCUUCCAACUCUGUUAUUCUGAUCAGCGUAUCCUUUGCAUCUCCAGAAUUCACCAGGAAUAG